UGCGAGAUGUCCAAAACUGAAGGGGUCAUUCUGGCACACCUAAUGAAGAAGGCCACUUUGAAAUCACGCUUUGCUGCCGUGGCACUGGCUCUGUCGUUGGAGGAGGAAUUCAGCAUUGCACGCUCUCUGGUCAUUGAGUCCUUGCUGUCCAAACAUUAUCACAUGCCUGAGGCCGCGUUGUUUCGCGUGAUUCAGUACUUUCUCAGUUUUGAUAAGGACUGUUCCGCAUUCUUCACAAAUGAGAAUCGUAUGCCGGUGAUAUGGUUUCGGAGUCUGCUCACCUUCUUGGAGUCCUACCGUAACUGCGUUGGGCCUGAUGUGAGGGCUCAGCUAAUCAAAUUGUGUCGUCGGCAUGAUCACCCGCAAAUUACACCUGAAAUCCGAACGCUGUUGUCUCUCAUACCUGCAAACGUUACAUGACUCAUGAUUUAUGCUUAAUCUUUGCAAAGCGGUUUUUCUUUCUGUCGUUGAGCGUCGAAGUUUGGUACAUCAGCCCCCUUUCUUACUUCUCUGGAUAUAGUCUCAUGUUUUCAAUGGGUGUGCACUUUUCGUGUGUCAGAGGUGCUUACUAGAAAACUCGAGGUCGAUAAACAGUCUGCGCUUCAGAAUUUCCCGUCACUAAUGCACCACCAAUGCCAGUCACUUGAUACGACCUUGUGUGCCUCCGUUACAGACUCCUCUCAACCAAACAUUGAGAAACAUUUUCCUCUCCGCCUGUGUCCGUUUGAACUGUUUUUCUUCAAAUGUACUUUAUCCAGUCACAA